CAUCGCACAAAAAAUAAUCUAGCCUAGGUUUUUUUUUUUGUAGUCCACUUAUCUCAUAUUUGCUGCUAUAUUUUUUUCCAUUUAAAAUCCUCAGCUAAUUAAUUCAUUAUAAUUCUCAUCAAUUAAAAAAAAUAAAAAUGGCAGAAAGUAUGUCCACCGACUACAAUAGCCCUCGUCACGAUGAAAUUAAAUUGGAACCGGAGCGAAAUCAAGAACAAGACAACAGUUUGCAAUAUUCUCGUUGCAGCAGUGCUGGAAGUACACAUACACCAAAUUCCUCAGCAAAUAACACAGAUGAUGAAGAUGACAGUGAUACAAAUCGUAGUGCCACUCUGAGUUACAAAGAACGUCGUCGCGAGGCACACACUCAGGCCGAACAGAAGCGACGUGAUGCCAUUAAAAAAGGCUACGAUAGUUUGCAAGAACUCGUACCCACUUGCCAACCAAAUGAUUCAUCGGGUUACAAACUGAGCAAAGCGCUGAUUUUGCAAAAGUCCAUCGACUACAUCGGCUAUUUGAAUCAACAAAAGAAAAAACAAGAAGACGAGAGUGCAGCGUUGCACAAAGAAGUCAUGGCAUUGCGUAUUAUUCAAAAUAGCUACGAACAUAUGCUGCAACAUCAGCAAUCGAAUCCUGGCCCAGCGGAGGCUCGGUUGACCGAUGAAGCUAAAUUUCAAGUGUUUCAAUCGAUAAUGGACGAAAUGUUUGAAACAUUCCAAAACAUCCCAAUGGAUAAUUUUGAACAACUAACGACCGGAGUUAUCCCCUGGUUGGAGGAACACUGCAAGCCGCACAUCCUAAGGAAUAUUCUCAGUCAAACUAUACAGAAUAUGUCACGAAAUCAAGAAGUCAAUAUGGAUCAAGAUGGUACCAUCAUCAGUUGAUCCAGACAACUUCCAUUAUUUGUUAUAUAAUAUAGAAUAAGGUAAAACGAAAAACUCUGUAUAUGUUACAACAAUAAAAGUAAAUAUAUUAUUAUAUUCCUUAAAUACUA